GGCGAGUGACGCAGGUACCCCUCGGCCCGUGUCCCAAUUUCGGCCGCUAGACCGCUUUCGGCACGCUCCCCACCACCGCUCCCCCUCCACGCUUCGGUCCACCCCGACUAACGUCGCCGCAUGGGCGAGCGCUCCGAUCGCUGUAGCUCAGUUAGCCUUCUGGAUGCGCCUCGCCGUCGUCCGCAUCACCUGAGCCCCUCUACUACGGUCCCUGGAAACACGCCUUGACCCGCCGCGGGGCGUCCAUCAACGUCAUCCCGACUUUGACAUUCACAGACCGCCGAAAAGGCCAUCGCACCGCGCAGGCCGCCAGCCCCCUCCGACAUGGCGAUGGCGCACUCGCCGCCCUCCCACCUCAGCAUGCCUCCGCGGUUCACGAUUGAGCUGGAGAGGCUCGACCCCGACGUCCCCUUCCGCGCAUCGCAGUCGCACGUCCACCACACGUGGGCGCGAACCUUCCACUCGCGGCCGGAGCUGUAUAUCCGCCCACAGAGCCUCGCCGAGAUCCAGAAGAUCGUUACGCUUGCGCGACGCAUGCGCCGGCGCGUCGUCACAGUCGGAUGCGCACACUCGCCGUCAGACCUCACCUGUACCUCGGCGUGGAUGGUGAACUUGGACGACUACAGGCAGGUGCUGAGCGUAAACAAGGAGCAGAAGACGAUGACGGUGCAGGCCGGCAUCCGAAUGCAUGGUCUGAAUCUGGUGGCGAAGGACUAUGGCCUCACAAUGCCCAAUCUUGGCUCCAUCGAUGACCAGUCGCUGGCAGGCGCCAUCGCGACGGCCACGCACGGCAGCUCCAUGAAUCACGGCCUGCUUUCCGAUCACGCCCGAAGCCUGCGCAUCGUGCUCGCAAAUGGCCAGGCAGUGAGAUGCUCGCCUACCCAGUCUCCAGACCUCUUCCGUGCCGCUCUGGUGUCUCUCGGCGCAUUGGGCAUUAUCGUGGAGAUAGAAUAUCAGAUGACGGACCGCUGCGAUAUUGAGUGGGUACAGACGAUACUGCCGAUUGAGGAUGUUCUCUCGCGGUGGGAGACGGGUCUCUGGACUUCGCACGAAUUUGUGCGCGUCUGGUGGCUGCCGUACAUGCGCCGCGCUAUCGUGUGGACCGCGGACAAGUCAACGAAGCCUCCAGUCAAGCCCCAAUACAAUUGGUACGGCGGCAGCGUUGGAUACCACACCUACCACGUCCUGCUCUGGAUUUCUCAGUACGUCCCCCGGUUCCUGCCGUGGGUGGAGUGGUUCGUUUUUGGCAUGCAAUAUGGGUUCAAAGAUGGCUCCACGAUUACCGCAAUCGAAGAACAGCGGACAGGAUUGCUCAUGAACUGUCUUUACUCGCAGUUUGUGAACGAAUGGAGCAUACCCCUCUCGAAAGGCCCCGAAGCCCUCACACGCCUGACCGACUGGUUGCACGGCGAUGAGCAUGGCUCCGGCAUUCCCUUCAGCACAAAGGGGCUUUACGUUCACUCACCCAUCGAGGUUCGCGUCUCAAACACAGUGGGCCAUACGCCGCGGCCGUAUUUGGACACUUCUUACCCCGACACGCCUGCUCUGUACCUCAACGCCACUCUCUAUCGCCCCUACGGCCAAGAUCCUCCAUGUCGCGAACGCUACUACCAAGCAUUCGAGCACUUGAUGAAGGAAUAUAAUGGGCGUCCACACUGGGCUAAGAACUUCCAAUCAGUAGAUCAUUCCUAUCUCUCCAAGGCUUAUCCCGACGACCUUAACGAAUAUCUCCGCGUACGCAACGAAGUCGACCCCGAAGGCAUGUUCCUCGGGGCCUGGCACCGGCGCAACAUCCUCCCGUCGAAAACGGAACUCCCGGCCUUCCCGCUCGAAGAGAAAGAAGUCGUACGGAGAGAGCGCAGGACUGGUGGUACGGACUGGAUUGGCGAGCAAGCAAGAUGGUACGACGGCGGUGUAGAUAUCUUCGAGAAGAAUGGCAGCGAGAGCGGAGAGAGCUUUGACCUGAUGGCAGGCGCGGAAGCCGAGUCUAGCGUAUUGCUAGAGAGUUUGAGGGAAGAUCUGGAGAGCCCGGACGUGGAGAGCAGGAUAAGGGAGAACUCGGAUGUGGCGCUCAGCGGGACGAGUGUAUUCAACAAGAUGUAGAGGAAGUUCUUAAGAAGAUGCUUCUGAAGCGACUCACUGUAGCAUAGAAGGGGAAAGGGGGUGCAUCUACGUGGCAAGCCUUUCGAAGAAGUUAUCCACAUAUCGACUUUUUCAACCUUACAUCAUAAACAACCC